AUGAAAAUAAGAGGUGACUAUUCCGAUCUUUUCACAUGGACCGUUAAACUUGCUGUUGGUGACCGAGCCAUUCGUUCUGCUGGAGUAUUUGGCUCAGCUAAGAUUCUGUUUCGGAGUGGGAUUGGCCCGAAAGAUCAGCUAGAGACUGCCCAGAAAACCGAAGCCGACGUAUUCAUCGACUCUACCCAGUGGAUUGAUCUUCCGGUCGGUCACAACCUCGACGACCAUACAAACAUUCUCUUCGAGUACCCAGGCAUAGCCAACUAUGACUUCAAUAGCACUUACGACAAUCCCAGUCCGGAUGGCGCUGCAGCAUACCUAUCCCCAGACAUCAACCCCAUCUUUUGGGAUGCGGUCAAAGGAGAGGAUGGCAUCGAAAGAUGGUUUGAAUGGACGAGCUAUGUUGGCGGGCCGCAUAAAGGCAAGACAUACAAUACUUCUGGCAUGGCAGCUGCCCUUGGACUCGGCAAGACUUCGAGUGGUCGCACCACAACCAACUCGUCCCUCAUCAUGAACGUCAGUGUGUUUUCUUACUUCAAUGACGAAGGGGAUCACGACUUUGAGACUGUUGUAACCACAGUCAGUGGAGUUGUCAAGGCAAUUUCAUCCAUUCCUCGCGCUACAAUGAUCAACCCCGCCCCUAGUCAAGACGUGCGAGACUACGUCCAAAAGUUGUUUGUGGAUAUUGGCCGUACUGCCAAUCACUGGGUUGGAACCACCCGUCUUGGAACCGACUCUGCUCUGGAAGGUGGUAAACCCGUCGUUGAUCUCAACGCGCAAGUCUAUGGAACGAAAAACCUGCACAUUGUUGACGCAGGAAUACUCAAUGGGAUUUUCACUGCGAAUCCGCAAGCUGGAAUUCUUAUUGCUGCCUAG